UUUAAGAGUCUCAUCGCGCCACUUUUUCUAGUCAUCCUAAUUAGUUCCCUCUUCUUUUUUUCUUGCUCCAAAACGGAAAAUUAUCAUUGCCAAACACUAACAAAACGCAUGACCGUAGUCAAACCUCUGCUCUACUUGAAGAUUCACGCGGGGGCUGGAUAAUUUAAAAUUUUCACUAUGUAUAUAAAACAGAUUAUAAUUGAAGGUUUUAAGAGUUAUAGAGAACAGGUUGCUACUGAAUCUUUCAGUCCAAAAGUUAACUGCGUUGUUGGAGCUAAUGGAUCGGGCAAGACAAACUUUUUCCAUUCCAUUCGGUUUGUAUUGAGUGAUCUCUUUCAAAACCUGCGAAAUGAAGACAGACAUGCAUUACUCCAUGAAGGUGCAGGGCACCAAGUUUUAUCUGCAUUUGUGGAGAUUGUGUUUGAUAAUUCCGACAACCGAAUUCCGGUUGAUAAGGAAGAAGUGCGUCUGCGUAGGACAAUUGGUUUGAAAAAGGAUGAGUACUUUUUGGAUGGGAAGCACAUCACGAAAACAGAAGUUAUGAAUCUAUUAGAAAGUGCUGGGUUUUCUCGCUCGAAUCCAUACUAUGUGGUUCAGCAAGGGAAAAUAGCAUCGCUGACAUUAAUGAAAGACUCGGAGCGUCUUGAUUUACUGAAGGAAAUUGGUGGAACUAGAGUGUAUGAAGAAAGGCGUCGUGAAAGCUUAAAAAUCAUGCAAGAAACAGGUAACAAAAGAAAGCAGAUUAUUCAAGUUGUUCAAUAUUUGGAUGAGAGACUGAGGGAAUUGGAUGAAGAGAAGGAGGAGCUAAGAAAAUAUCAGCAGCUUGACAAACAGCGCAAAUCUCUAGAAUUCACCAUUUAUGAUAAGGAACUUCAUGACGCUCGGCAGAAAUUGGCGGAGGUAGAAGAGGCUCGAAACAAGGUUUCUGAAAAAUCAGCCAAGAUGUAUAAUGAUGUGUUGGAUGCACAUGAGGAGUCCAAGGGCUUGGAAAAGACGCUAAAAGAUAUCACAAAAGAGCUUCAAGGAUUGGACAAAGAGAAAGAGGUAGUAGAGAAGCGACAGACAGAAUCAAUGAAGAAGCAUACAGAGCUUGAUCUUGAUGUGAAAGACCUGCAGGAGAAGAUUUCUGGAAAUGCUCAAGCUAAAGAGGAUGCAGUGAAGCAACUUGAUAUUCUCCAGAGAGAAAUACAAGAUUCAAUGGAGGAGCUUGACAAAAUUAGCCCGUUGUAUGAGAGUCAAGUUGUUAAGGAAAAGAAUACUGCUAAAGGAAUCAUGGAGCGUGAAAAGCAGCUUAGCAUUCUUUACCAAAAGCAAGGCCGUGCUACCCAAUUUCCCAGUAAAGCAGCUCGGGACAAAUGGCUUCAGAAGGAAAUUGAUGAUCUCCAACGCGUUCUUUCUUCAAAUUUGUCUCAGGAGCAAAAACUUCAGGAUGAAAUUCACAAGCUUAACAUAGACUUGAAAGAUCGAGAUGCCUACAUUAAGAAACAUAAAGCUGAAAUUGCAGAUGCAGAAUCUGGUAUUUCGCAAUCUCGUGAGGGGUUAAAUAGUCAUAGAGCACAGAGAGACAAGCUGCAGAAUGAGCGAAAGUCGUUGUGGGCAAAAGAAAGUGCACUUAUUGCUGAAAUUGAUAAAUUGAGAGUAGAAGUUGAAAAAGCAGAGAAGAGCCUUGAUCAUGCAACCCCUGGUGACGUGAGGAGAGGACUCAACUCUAUUCGUCGAAUUUGUAGAGACUAUGACAUUAAUGGGGUUUUUGGUCCAAUUAUUGAGUUGAUAGAAUGUGAUGAAAAGUUUUUUACUGCAGUUGAAGUCACUGCUGGAAACAGCUUGUUUCAUGUGGUGGUGGAGAAUGAUGAUAUAUCAACACAGAUAAUUAGACACCUUAAUUCUUUGAAAGGUGGACGUGUUACUUUUAUACCACUUAACAGGGUUAAGGCACCACAUAUAACUUAUCCACAGAGAUCAGAUGUCAUACCUUUGUUAAAAAAAUUGAAGUUCUCCUCCAAUUUUACCCCUGCUUUUGCUCAGGUAUUUGCUAGAACUGUGAUUUGUCGAGAUCUGAAUGUUGCCACUGAAGUUGCACGAACUAAUGGUCUGGACUGCAUAACUUUGGAAGGUGAUCAAGUAAGCAAGAAAGGUGGCAUGACAGGAGGAUUUUACGACCAUCGUCGUUCAAAGUUGAAGUUUAUGAAUAUGAUAAUGCAGAAUACAAGAUCUAUCAAUAUGAAGGAAGAAGAGCUGCAAGAAGUUAGAUCUAUGCUAGGAGAUAUAGACCAGAAGAUAACUGAACAAGUGACUGAGCAGCAGAAAAUUGAUGCAAAGCGAGGCCAUGACAGAUCAGAGUUAGAACAGCUGAAGCAGGAUGUUUCUAAUGCUAAUAAACAGAAACAAACUAUUUUAAAAGCUCUCGACAAGAAGGAAAAAUCACUUGCUGAUGUCCGAACUCAAAUAGAUCAGCUUAGAGGCAGUAUGACCAUGAAACAGGCCGAGAUGGGUACAGAACUCAUUGAUCACUUAACGCCGGAGGAAAAAGAACUCCUUUCACGUCUAAACCCUGAAAUUGCAAACCUUAAAGAGAAGCUUAUUGCCUGCAGAACAGAUCGCAUGGAGACUGAAACAAGAAAAGCUGAACUGGAGACUAACCUUACUACCAAUCUGAAAAGACGAAAGCAAGAGUUGGAAGCUGUCAUAUCAUCUGCAGAGACAGACAUCUUGCAUGGUGAAGCCGAGUUAAAGGUACAGGAGCUGGAUGAGGCUAAGUCAUUGCUUGAAGUUACAACACUAGAACUAAAAAGAGUUUCUGGUCGUAUAGCGGAAUUGACAAAGCAACUUAAAGAGAUCAAGGAUAAAAAGGGAAAAUUAAAGGCUAAGGAAGACAGCUAUGAGAGCACACUUCAGGAGGAAGCGAAAGAAUUGGAGCAGUUGUUGGGUAAAAGGAAUACUUUUCAAGCCAAGCAAGAGGAGUUCUCAAACAAAAUUAGAGAGUUGGGCCCCUUAUCAUCAGAUGCUUUUGAAACGUAUAAGAGAAAGAGCAUAAAAGAGUUGAACAAAAUGCUCCAUAGGUGCAAUGAGCAACUGCAACAGUUCAGCCAUGUCAACAAGAAGGCACUAGAUCAGUAUGUAAACUUCACUGAGCAACGAGAAGAACUCCAAAAAAGACAAGCAGAACUUGAUGCUGGGGACGAGAAAAUCAAGGAGCUAAUUUCUGUUUUGGAUCAGCGGAAGGAUGAAUCUAUAGAGCGUACUUUUAAAGGUGUUGCUCGGCAUUUUCGAGAAGUGUUCUCUGAACUUGUCCAAGGUGGUCACGGUCAUCUAGUUAUGAUGAAGAAAAAGGAUGGUGAUCAUGGUGAUGAUGACUAUGAUGAUGAUGCCCCUCGUGAAGCUGACACGGAGGGCAGAGUUGAGAAAUAUAUUGGAGUAAAAGUAAAGGUUUCAUUUACUGGGCAAGGGGAGACACAAUCAAUGAAGCAACUGUCUGGAGGACAGAAAACUGUUGUUGCCCUGACAUUGAUUUUUGCCAUACAACGAUGUGAUCCUGCUCCUUUCUAUCUUUUUGAUGAGAUUGAUGCAGCACUAGAUCCUCAGUACAGAACUGCUGUUGGAAAUAUGAUUCGCCGCUUGGCUGAUAUGGCAAAUACACAAUUUAUAACAACCACCUUUCGGCCAGAGCUUGUCAAAGUUGCUGACAAGAUAUAUGGAGUCACACACAAAAACAGGGUGAGCCGUGUCAACGUUGUUUCCAAGGAAGAUGCUUUAGAAUUCAUCGAUCACGAUCAAUCUCAUAAUGUAGAUUAAGCUUACUUGUUAUGUACGGUAUGAGGUAACAUUGAUUGAACAUGUAUGUAGAUUUUCUAUCAUGUAUGCUGUUUAGUAAUGCUGCAAGGUUUUUAAUAGGCACUGAACACUAAAGCUAAUGUAAUAGUGUAGAACAAUUAUUGUAUAUAUUUUUGUCUGUGCUUCGGAAUUUGCUAAUGGAAGAUUAUGGGAAGGCUUUGAAUU